AUGGACCCAAGGACAGGCGAGCCUCUGCCCCCCGAGGCCAUCCAGCGCGUCCUCUACACCUGCAAGGCAGUGCAUGUCUACUCCAUCCCACCGCUGACCUCCAUGAAGGGCUACGAGGCCUCGACCUGGACUGCCCCCGACGCCCAGGACGGCAACAAGACGAGAGAAAUCUUCACCGCGCGCCUCCGCAUAGUAGAGAGCGCGGUGCCUACGCUUACUCCUGCCGCACAAUUGAGGACGCCCAACCGUCCGCUGGCGGCGCUGCCCGACGAGCUCGAGGAAGAAGAGAGCGUGGAGGUGAGGACCGACAUCGUCCUCGAAGACGGCGAGACGGGCGCCCUGUUCGCUGCGGCGCCGUACGUGGAGCCCAGCGUGGUCGAGCAUGCGAUCGACUCUUCGCGCUUCUUUGCCGUGAGGGUCGAGGGCGAAGGCAAGAAGGCUGUGCUGGGGGUUGGCUUCGAGGACAGAAGCGAUGCCUUUGACUUUGGCGUCGCGUUGCAGGAGGCCAGGAAGAUACUCGGAUUCUCUACGUCCACUACUACUACUACUUCUUCUUCCUCCUCUUCUUCCAGGACGGGAGUGCCACAGAGACUCCAGCACCAACAGGCCAGGGACUACAGCCUAAAACCGGGAGAGAACAUCUCUGUGAAACCAGAUCGCAGGGCAGAUGAAGAGAGGAGCGGCGGCAGCAGCAGCAGCAGUGAACCGGCAGCCUUGUACUCCAUCCUGCCUCCUCCUCCUCCGUCUGCCAGAGACCGUCGACGGCCUGUCUCGACGUCUGCUACUCCUACCCCUACGGCCGAAGAGGAGCCUGGCCAGUAA